CGUGCUCGCCUGUUGAUGUUCACUGUCGGGAGAGGAAGGGGGGUGCUGGACAGUACUCCAGAGAGGUGUCGAGGGAGAGGCCGUGGCCGCCGUGCAUGGACUUCUCCGAGAGCUACGAGGCGACGCUCUGCUCCGCCUCCGUCGCUUCCCGCGCCGGGGACUCGCGGCUCCUCUCGCGGCUGCUGCGCCGAGGCCGCCCCGCGGACGCCGCCGACAACCGCGGCUGGAGGCCGCUGCACCACGCGGCCCACGGCGGCCACGACCGCUGCGUGCGGCUCCUGCUGCGGGCGGCUCCUGAAGCGGAUGAUGUGAACGCGGCCACGUUCGAAGGGAAGACGCCGCUGUUCCUGGCGGCAGCUGCCGGUCAUUUGGGUAGCGUCGAUCUGCUGCUACGAGCCGGAGCGGAGCCCAGCCGUGCCUCCAGCGAAGAGGAGACGCCCGUGUUUGCAGCCAUUGGUGGAGGCCACGUUGCUGUGGUGAAGGCUCUGCUGAGGAAUGGGGCCAAGGUGAAUGGGCCUCAGUACUGGACAGGGUGGACAUCUCUCCACCAGGCCACGUGGAAGGGCCAUGUGGAGCUGUUGCAGUUGCUGCUGGAACGUGGGGCACGUGUCGAGGCUCGGGACGACUAUGGCAUCACACCCCUCUUCCUGGCAGCCCAAUAUGGACAGGCUCCCUGUCUCAGGAUUCUCUUGCAGCACGGCCCUGAUGUGAAUGCAAAAUCCAAGGACUGGGCGACUCCACUUUUCAUUGCGUCGCAGGAGGGCCACACCGAGUGCCUGCGGCUGCUGCUGGACAACGGGGCCCAGCCCGGCCUCCCCUGCAACGAGGACGGCUGGCAGCUGCCCCUCCACGCCGCUGCUCAACGCGGGCAUGUCCAGUUGGUGAGCUUGUUGCUGCCGAUGACGGACGCCGGUUGCGGGUGGCAGCCGGGAGCCGUGAGCCCUGUGUAUUCGGCCACGCACGGAGAGAGUGUAGGUUGCCUGCGCUCCUUGCUUGAGGCCGGGUACAGCCCGGAUGCACAGCGCUGCCCGCUGCUGGGGCUCGAGUCUCCGUUGCAUCUGGCGAUCUCCAGCGGCUCCUCCAAGCUGGUGGACAUCUUAUUGGAGUUUGGUGCAAGUGUGACGACCUCGCACCUGGAGCUGAGUGUGAGGACAGGACGGUGCCGGCUUCUCAGCCGCUUACUGCAGAGUGGCUGUGCCCUACCCUCCACCUGCGAUGCCGCGAGCCGCCUGUUCAGCCGGGAGGUGUGCGCUCGCUCUGGGAAUGGACUCUACCGUCAAUGGCUGCCACAGCUUCUGCUCGCUGGAUUUGACGUUCAACUGCUGCUCCGCUGCCCUGACCGACUGGUGAUUCUAGACAUGGGCGCCUUGACCUUCUGUUUGGAGUUUACAGACCACCGCAAUUCGGAUGUGUCAUGCAUUGGAAAUCAUCCACUCCCAGGAGACACUGACAGAGAACUUCAACACAAGUUUGAGUGCCCCGCCACCCUGCGCCACCUGUGCCGCCUCCGCCUGCGGCUCGCGGUUGGGGAUCGCAGACUUCGAGCUCAGCGCGGCGGUCAGGAUUGGACCUGCUACCUGCCGCUACCGACCAGCCUGCGGGAGUUUUUGCUCUAUCGCGACGUCCUCACAGCUCAUGGGAUACCUGAUCCAGAUGCCACUUCUGGCAACGAAGCAGAGUGAUCGGACUUUGAUCGGACUACAUGAGACACUUGCAGUAAUAGCCCAGUGUGCAGUGGCCUAUUGGGGCAUUAUGAAAGUAGAUAAGUGAUGCGCAUGCCACGAUGGAACUUACGAGUUGACUCGCUCGUACAAGGCUUGUGAAGAGGGUCUGCACUUGAUGAGGUGUUUUCGAACUAGAAACUCGAUAUGCUUGUCAACAACACUGGCCUGAAAAUAAAAUAAUAUAUCAUUGGAAACAUUCGGUUCAAUGGCACUUCAUAGUACACAAAAUUUGCACAUGAAGAGUGCCAUUUCCCAAAACGUCGCUGAUUUUAUAUACUUUAAAGGCAUUGUUGAUGAAAAGUGUGGUGUUAUUUGUGCUUGUGCUCAACUGCUGACACAGCAGCAUCACUAAAUAAUUUAAUUACACAACUCAGCUUGCCGCGAUGUAGUGUUUUGAUUAAUAUUGUUAUAUUGUCAUUGUUGCCUCGUUUUAGUUUUCCUAAAUCUUUUUUUUCUUCUGAAAUAAAACGUAACUAUUUUAUUGAUAACUAUACAGAAUGUAUACAUGAUAUCAAUACUUUGAAAACAUUUCCAGAGUAAUUUGUCGUGGCAAUUGAGCUUCAUGGAGUUUCAAGACUGUUUUUCAGGAGGG